AUGGUCACCGGUGCGUACUACCUACCGGACGAUAGCAAGAAACAUAGUCCAUUCGGAGAGGAUUCUUACUUCAUUUGCGACGAAAAAUGCACCAUCGGUGUUGCGGACGGAGUGGGCGGUUGGGGAAGAAAGGGUGUGGACGCCGGAAAGUAUGCUCGCGAACUCAUGAUCAACUCUCAUCUCGCCGUCCAGAAGCACACCAAUGGAGUCAUCGAGCCCAAAAGGAUUUUGACGGAAGCUUUCUAUAACACCCACGAUGCAGGAUCGUCCACCGCCUGCAUAAUCACACUCGUCGGCGACUGCUUACAUGCGGUGAACAUUGGAGACAGUGGAUUUGUGGUGAUCAGAGAUGGAAAGAUUGUAUAUCGAUCUCCGGUUCAACAACACAAUUUCAAUUGUCCCUAUCAAUUGGGAAAUACCGGCAAGGAACGAGAUCGUCCUAAGUAUGCUAUGGUAUUCAAGGUUGCAGUAGAACCAGGAGAUGUGAUUGUUGCUGCUACAGAUGGACUGUUUGACAACUUGUUUGGUCAUGAAAUUGAGGAAAUUGUAAACGUGGCAAUUGAAAAUUGCGAAGAUACUGAAGAUAUGGCCAUGUUAUUAGGUGAAAAUGCUUUAUUCAAUGCCCUGGAUGAAGAAGUUCAAACUCCAUUCAUGGAAGCUGCUGAGAGGGCCGGCAAAAAACGCUGUAAUGGCAAGAUGGAUGACAUAACUGUGAUCGUUGCUCGUAUUGUUUCAUGUUGUAACACAUAUUUCUGAAGUUUUUGUUGGACAUUGUAAAUAGAUUCAUCCAACUUGUACGGUUUCUUGUUUUAGAAUUGUAUGUUUAUUCCCAGACAAAUGAUUGAAAUUCUGGAGA